UCUACGUCACUUCUUCCCCACGUGAAACGCACUGUACAUGUGAACAGCAGCUACCUGAAGCGGGUUUCUCCAUGUUCACAGGCCUUUAGUUCACAUAUUCUCGUUUUAUGCUUAUCGAUAGCAGGAGUAUGAUGGAGUCGGAAGACGAGGACUCGCUGCUCGGAGAGUCAGAGGAGGAGUACAGUGAAUUAUCUGACAGUGAGCUUCAGGAGGCUUUUGCAAAGGGGUUGUUGAAACCAGGGAUGAAUGUUCUGGUGGAUGAAUCCAAAAAGUCAGUCAACAACGUGGAGGGCUUAAAACAGUGCCUUGCUGAACUCCGUAAAGACCUCCCCUGGGUGGAGAGGUUGGAUCUGACCAACCCGCCCGCUGAAGACAUUCUGUCCAAAGCUGAAGGGAAAGCUCCAAAUCCCACGAAUGGAGACGUCAACGCGGAAAAUGAUUUCCAAAGGGAAAUGUUCUUCUACCGUCAGGCUCAGGCGACAGUCCUAGAGGCUCUGCCCCUCUUAAACAAGCACGGCAUAUCCACCAAGAGGCCUGACGACUACUUUGCAGAGAUGGCCAAGUCGGACCAACAGAUGCAGAAGAUCAGGAAAAAGCUGAUCUCCAAGCAGAUGAUAAUGGAGAAGUCAGAGAAGGCCAAAAAACUGCGGGAGCAAAGGAAGUUCGGCAAAAAGGUCCAAGUAGAAGUGAUCCAGAAGAGGCAGAAAGAAAAGAAGGCGAUGAUGACUGCAGUGAAGAAAUACCAGAAAGGUAUGACAGACAAACUGGAUUUCUUGGAAGGGGACCAGAAGCCGGGUAAAGACUCGGCACAGGGACCCAAGAAGGUGGCCAACAAGAAGGGCCCCAAUGCUAAGAGGAAAUACAAGGACCAGAAGUUUGGAUUUGGAGGCAAGAAGAGCGGAAAGAAGUGGAACACCAAGGAGAGCUUCAACGAUGUGUCUGGUUUCCGUGCCAAAGUGGCUCACGCAAAGGGCGGCGGCAAGGGAGGCAAAGGAGGAAAACAGAACAAACGACCGGGCAAGUCUGUGCGCAAGAAAAUGAAGUCUCGCUCCUAAAAAGUAGAAGGAGGCUGGUCCGGAGGACUGGACCCCUGAGCUUUUAUGCAGGAUUUACAUCAGGACACAUUUAAGAGAAGGCAGACCUUUCCUUCUACAGUUUUUGUACCAUAUGCCUUUGUAAAAUAUGUCUUGAUUUUCUUGGAGGACCUUGAAAGCCACAGAGAGAGA